UUGUUUUGAUACUCUUGCCUGUACGUUACCGCCCACAAUUUGUGGAACGAACAGUUGCAGGAGUUUUGCAGUUGAGUUUCUUUUAGCGUUAUCGUUUUAUCGCUGCAAUGUAGUGUUGUUUGUGUUCUUAAAUUUGAUAAAGCUAAUCAAUAACCAAUGAUGAUGUGUUGAGUACUAAGUGUCAUGCUGUUGAACAAGAGGUUUUAUGUUAUUUCAAUGGGCUCAUGCAUUUUUCUGUGGUGUAGCAGAUUUAUCGAUUUUUCCCAUCGACAUAGAUUUUAGUCAAAUCACGUAGGGUGUGUUAAUGUGAAGGAAUUCGCGUUGUUUGCAACGAUGUUGAAACAGGAAAAUCUAGCUGCAAAUUUUUGCGGUUUGCUCUCUUUGGCAGGAAGUAAAGAGAUUGCAAUUGAGUGGCGAAUUUUAGGGAAAGAACAGGAUGGAUCGCUUCUUGCUGGUUGGGUAGCGUUCGAUCCGAAGAAUCGAACCGAUCAGAAGAGUAAGGUUGGGAUAUACUCUCCCAAGCAUAAGAGGUUGCAGGUACUGUACAGCUUUGCUGGAAAGGAAAACCUGAUUCAAGCAUCGGUGAAUUUGACUAAGACGUUGCUAUUGUAUACAGUCAAGGAGCAGAAGCUAGAAGACUCUGGCAGAAAGACAGAUAUCUACCGAAGUUUCCUGGUAGAGCUAAAAGAAUGCGUCGAGGUUGAACCUUUCUUGUUGAUGGAGGUUGAUCGCAACCAUCAAAUGAUGGCUCAAUUUUUAUGGCGAAAUUUAGCAACAUUUGAAAAAAGCCAACAGGAUAAGUUUAUAGUGUUAAUACACCAUGAGCAAGUGUUGAUGUAUACUGCCACUCUGAAAAAACAACCGCAAGAAGAUGAUCCUUUGGAAAGCACUUUGAAACUCGACUAUACCGAUCCGACGGCUUGGUAUUGGGACAAAUCGUGUCUGAAGAGUGAAACCAUCACAAAAAGCUUCGUAUGGGCCCAAUGGGAUCCAUUGGUGCAAGCUUUGUACUACAUUCAUAUGAAACCGGCUCCAAAAACCCUGUUUGAAAAAGACGACGGCUCCACUGAGAAAAAAAUGAAUCCCACCUUGUCUGCGUUUCAGUUUCAUGACGAUCUGCGUACCGAAACGGUGCUGAACAUUCCCUUGAAUCUACCGAAAAUUCCCACCUCAAACUCUGGAACGGAGGAUAUUUAUGAAGACGAUACAGUUCCGUUGCGAAUUCAUGAUUCCUCGCUGAAUUUAGUGAUCGUCAGUGACCCGGUUGGUAUGCUGUACGUUUGUCAUUACUAUUUGUACCAGCCAAUCAAACAAUCGGACGACGAGGCUUCUACUUCGCAAAGUAUUUGUGAUGUUCAUUUUGCUUAUUCCGUGACAAUUUUGCACCAUGGGUGCGUAAUUCACUGUAUCAUUCCUGGAAUACCGUGGGAGAAGGCAAAAACCAUGAAGCCAACAUUCACGAUGCACGGUGACCAUCACAUGCUCGUUUUUCAAGGCGGGUUAUUCAUGCACCUACUGGAUGUGGGCGUCUCACACGAACCGUGUUGUCACAUCGUAUGUCCUCCGUUCACCCGACAACCGGUAACGCAUCUUGUGCCGUGCUUUGCUACCAACAACAUUUGCUACGAUUCGGUCACGUUGGAUCUGAUUUCGAUCAGCAUUCCGAAGGGACAUCUGAUCGAGGCAUUCCGCAACGACACCUCGGUGGACAAUCGGUUGGCUAUUGUUCAUUACUUUCUAGCACAUUCCAAUGGAGAUAUUGUGGAGAUUUUUUCGGAGCUUCUUGGUAUCAUUAUGGAACGACCGCUCCACCUUGACACAGUUCCACUUCUAAAGGAAGCUUUAAUAUCCGGGGCGUAUGCUUCUUCUAAAAAAGGCCUCUCCCAAGACCAGUUGGCUUUGUUCCGAUUGCUUCCUUUGACAACCUGCAACACUUCAAAACCCAUCCAAGCCAAAGUGUCCAAUCUCAACGUUGGUCUAUCACACGAAACUCUCUAUAACACUUCAAUGAUGCUGCUGUCACCGCAGCAACGAUUGUCACCCUAUCGGAAAGAUAUCUGGACCUGUUUGUGGGAACGAUUGAAUGAUAACAAAGAACGGGCGCGUUUCACCCAGGAACAAGUUACGGAAAAACUGAUGUACUCACUGACCUGCUACCAACCGGAGGCACUCUCGCGCUGCUCUACCCCGAUGUCGCCGGUCAAUCCGAUCAUGAACGUUGCGGCUGAAUUUUCUGCUGUCAACUCACGGCGCAUGCAAAACGAUCUGUUGCCAUUCGUAGAGACUGAGGUGUGCACCGCCAGCAAGCAGGAGCUGGUGCUGAACAUCAACCUGCGGGAACUGAGCAUGCAUCUAGUCAAGCAUAGCGUUAAGGAGGUUAGUGGAUUCCGUUGGUUGAAAAAUGCUUUCUAUGAUAGCAAUCCGGCACCGUCCCAUGUGCAUGCUGUGGCCACGCGCUACGUGGCGGCACAGUUGGAACAAUCGCGUGCACUCUGCAUGCUACUAUGCAAGACGGCCGGUUUGGAUUUGAUUCUGGAGACGGAACGGGGAUUCGCUUUGGUCGAUCAACUCAAUGAUACUCAGCAGUUGAAGCUGUUCACGAUGUUGGAACGGUACUGUCUGGCAACCGAAUCGCUGGCUUUUCCGUUUCCGUUGGGAUUCUCAUCGUUUUUCACUUAUCUGGGCUAUCGAGCGCUCAGCUUCGACAAUUUUAUGCAGUAUGUCGAACAUCAUGUGCUGGAGCUGCAGAUAGACGUGAUCAAGGUGAUUAUCGGCGACAUUGACGACACAUCGGAGGGCAUCCAGCGGAAGUUGAGCCUGCUGAUGAUGUUGCCGCGAUCACGCGCCAGACGGCUGCUAAACAAUUGGAACCAUCCGGUCAGUACGAUGUUGAAGGGACGCGAACAUGCGCUGAACAUCCUCUCCGGAAACUCCGUACAUCUGCGGGGUUACUCGCAGAUCAAGAAACGCGAGUAUAAACCUAAAGAUCUUGGCGAGCAGAUGAGUGCCGUGCAAAAGAUGCAGGAACCGCUGGAUUGCUUUCUGGAUUUGCUAACGGCCAAGGCUAGCCUGAACGAGCUAGAUUUUAAUCUGCUAAUCGAAACCACUCUCAGCUCGGUGGAUGACUUCGAGCUGUAAUCUAUCUCUAACCGUUAGACGACAAAGCAAAAACAUCAUCACACAAAAAUAGUAUUACGAAACUGACAAUUUUAAUGAGGGCAUAUGUGCAAUGUUUUAACCGAAAUUUGGUGCCAAUCGCUACAAAUAAAUCUAUAUGAAAUAAGU